AUGUCAUCGGAUCGUUUGUUAUCUUUAAUACUGCGUUGGUCUGUCUUCGGAACAUUUUUCGGUCAUGGAUGUUUAGCUGUUCGCUUUGUACCAGGAUGGUUACCCUAUCUUCGUGUAGUUGGCAUUGGUAAUGAAUGGGCUCGUCGUUUCAUGCCAAUUAUUGGUCUUUUGGAUGUUAUAAUUGGCUUUGUAUGUUUAUUUAUGGAUUGCUGUCCUCUAAUAUAUUGCUGGGCAUUUGUCUGGGGUUUAAGUACAGCAAUGAUCCGUCCACUUGCUGGUGAAUCCAUUUUUGGUCUCAUUGAGCGAACAGGAAAUUUUUUGCCAGCACUAUGUUUGAUUUGGCUCUGCACUGGUUCACAAUUUGCCUACUAUUUAUAUAUUUGCAUGGCCAUGGCAGCUUCACUUGUCGUAUCUGGAUUUAUCUUCAGAACGAUUGGUCUGUUUAAUAAAUGA